AUGAAUAAAUUUUCUACAUUAAGUAAUUUUACAUUACAAGUUGCUGUGAUCUUUAUUGCUUGGUAUUUUGUUAGUUCAGCAUCUAGUAUUGUCAAUAAAAUUACAUUACAGAAUUAUCCAUAUCCUAUGACAGUUGCUUUGGUGUCACUUUGUUACGUUGAACUUUGUUCCGUUCCAGUACUUCGACUAUGGCAUAUCAAACAACCUUCUAUAUCCAAUUAUUAUCUUAUAUAUUAUAUCAUUCCAAUAUCAUUUGGUAAAGUAAUUGCUGUUGUUAGUGCAUAUAUAAGCAUUUGGAAAGUUUCAGUUUCAUACGUACAAACAGUAAAAGCAACAAUGCCAUUAUUUGCUGUCUUUUCUGCUCGAAUUGUUUUGAAAGAGCGACAAAGCAAGCAUGUUUAUCUAUCAUUAAUACCGAUCAUAAUUGGUGUUGCUAUUGCAACAUUUACCGAAUUAUCAUUUGAUUUAGGUGGUUUACUAAGUGCUUUAUUAUCUACCGGUAUUUAUUCGGUGUUAAAUGUUUUUGUCAAAAAGGUAUUGGAAGGUGCUGAUAUUCAUCCAUUAUAUUUGUUAGCAUUAAAUUCUCGUAUUGCUGCAAUCUUACUGUUUCCGGUUUGGUGUCUUCGUGAUGGCUUAUUAUUAUGGCAUGGCGUUGAGUUAACUAAGAAUCAACCAUCACCACAUGAAGCGAAUUUCGUCGUUUUUUUAUUGCUUUCUGGUAUACUUUCAUUCCUGCAGAAUUUGUGUGCUUUCAUAUUAAUUCAUCGUUUAUCUGCGCUUUCAUACGCUGUAGCAAACGCAGCAAAACGUAUUACUGUAAUAUCAGCGUCAUUACUUACUUUACGUAAUCCGGUAACUCCGGCCAAUAUUUUUGGCAUGUUUUUAUCCAUAUUUGGUGUUUUUCUCUAUAAUCGGGCUAAACAACGCGAAAAAGAAUAUCGUGUUUUACCGAAAUCACAAACAGAUUUAACAAUAUCUGAUACUUCAUCGGUUUUCCUGAAUGGUUCAGUGAUCUAUAAUGACGGAUUUACUGGACAGCUAUCAUCAGUUGAUUUCAUUCAAAUGAUUUGCUGGUUUCCGAAAUUUUUCCUUCGUUGGGCAGUUGUUGCUAUUUUUAUUGCCAUUUUAAUUUGUUUAUUUGCAGGACAUUCAGAUAUCCGGUAA